GGCAGCCUUCAAUAAUCAUGGCGACCCUCAGAAUCUCUGUUCCUUUCUGGAGGCUUCUGACAGGUUCUCGGGGAGCCGAACGGGCCUGUUUCCGAGCCCGAACCCAGCCCCAGCCCGAUACUCCGCUCCAGCCGCUGCCUCAGCCUUCCGCGGUGAGGCUCUUGUGCCGCCGGCUCAACUCCGAGGCCGCAGAAUCUCGUAGCUCAGAGAUGAAGAAACCUACAUUUAUGGAUGAGGAAGUCCAAAGUAUCCUCAUCAAGAUGACGGGCUUGAAUUUGGAGAAGAUUUUUAAGCCAGCUGUACAGGAGCUGAAACCACCAACUUAUAAGCUAAUGACCCAGGCACAGUUGGAAGAGGCUACCAGAAAGGCAGUUGAAGCAGCCAAAGUGCGAUUAAAAAUGCCACCAGUUUUGGAAGAACGAACACCAAUAAAUGACGUGUUAGCUGAAGAUAAGAUCUUGGAAGGAAUAGAAACAGCCAAAUAUGUGUUUACUGAUAUAUCAUAUAACAUACCACACCGGGAGCGUUUUAUUGUUGUCAGAGAACCAAGUGGCACACUACGAAAAGCCUCUUGGGAAGAACGGGACCGGAUGAUACAAGUAUAUUUUCCAAAAGAAGGUCGCAGAAUUUUGCCACCAGUAAUUUUCAAGGAAGAAAACCUUAAGACAAUGUACAGCAGGGACCGGCAUGUUGAUGUCCUCAAUCUCUGUGUUGCCCAGUUUGAGCCGGAUUCUACUGAGUAYAUCAAAGUUCACCACCAGACCUAUGAAGAUAUAGAUAAACAUGGAAAGUAUGACCUUUUACGUUCAACAAGACACUUUGGUGGAAUGGCUUGGUAUUUUGUAAAUAAGAAGAAGAUUGACGGUUUGCUGAUUGACCAGAUUCAGAGAGAUUUACUUGAUGAUGCCACCAGCUUGGUCCAACUGUAUCACAUGCUCCAUCCAGAUGGCCAGUCUGCUCAAGAGGCCAAAGAGCAGGCUGCUGAGGGAGUCAAUUUAAUUAAGGUCUUUGCAAAAACUGAAGCCCAGAAGGGAGCAUAUAUAGAAUUAACACUGCAAACUUAUCAAGAAGCAUUCAUGAGUAGUCAUUCUGCAGCUUCCUGAAAAUAUUUUAAAAAUACAUUUCAAUUUACUAAAACCUUCCUUUGUUAAUGUUUAUCUUAAUGUUUAAAAA